ACACAGGGACAUUGCUGCUGGACGUAGACGACAUUUAGUGUUCAUACUAUCCGAACCUUCGUUAUUUGAAUGAUAAAAGCUUACCCAACAAAUAUUAAGCCCAGUAAUUAAAUACUACCAAUUAAUAAAUAAAAAAAAAAUUAAAUAAAUAUUUAUUAAAAAAUCAUGGGUGUAAUUUUUCUUGAGCAUAUUGGAGGUACUCGUCUAUUUUCUUGUGCUUCCUGUGACACUAAUUUAACAAACAGAAAUCAGCUGAUCAGUACACGAUUCACAGGAGCGACUGGACGAGCUUUUCUUUUUAAUAAAGUCGUUAAUUUGAAUUAUAGUGAAGUUCAAGAUCGUGUAAUGCUGACAGGAAGACACAUGGUCAGAGAUGUGAGCUGUAAAAAUUGUGAUGCUAAACUUGGCUGGGUUUAUGAGUUCGCAACUGAUGACAAUCAACGUUACAAAGAAGGACGUGUUAUUUUAGAAAGAGCUCUUGUUACUGAAACUGAUGGAAUGGGCGAGAAUAUUUAAUACCUGUAAAUUUAUUAUCAUUAUUAUUAUUUUAUUUAUAUAUUUAAAUAGUAAGAAAAAAGAAAUUAUUUGAUUAUUAUUUAUACUCAAUUAUUAAUAUAUUAAUAUAAAUUUAAAUUA